CAGCAUUAAAUUUCCCAACCUGAUUCGAUUUCACCGCUGUUUAUAUUUGAUGUGUUUUCCAUUUUAAGUAACCUUUAGGGUAGGUAAUAUUGUGCGCUUGUUUACUAUUGUGUUGGUAACUUUUCCCAUUAGGAUGGAUAAUGCCGAAGAAUUUAUGCAUUCUCUUGAAGAAUUUAGUAAGUUAAAACCGAAAGAUAUUCCCCGAGAGCUUGAAGAUUAUUUGGGUUAUGUUGCGAAAACAGGAGACCCUGUUUUCAAGUGGUCCAUUAUAAAGUGUCUUUUUCGAGAGAAAUUACUGAAUGUUAUUACUGAUUUUUAUGAAAGCACUCUGUCUAUAGAACUGCCACAUUGUCCAAAUGUCGAACCCUUUAAUUAUGAAAGAAUGAAAGCAAAUCUAUUAGAAAAACUUGAUUCAUUUAAUGGUGCUCCUUUUACUGUUCAGAGAAUUUCUGAGCUUCUGACUAAUCCAUUUAAGGAAUAUAAUAGGGCAGAUAAAUUCAUGAGAGCUGUUGAAAAGAAUAUUUUGGUUGUCAGUACUCGUGAACCAGGCAGAUAUGCUGACAAUGAUGUGGAUACACAACAAGAAUCUUCUCUUAAUGGAGUACCUGCACCAAAUUAUUCUGGAAUUGAAUCUUCGUUCUCAUGUAAUGAUAUUGGAGAUGCUGACUCUUCAUCACAUACUAAUCAAGAAUCUCAAAUUAAUUUAGUGACAGGUGCCUCCUCAAAUAGUCAAACACCAGUUUUGUUAAAGGAAAAUGCAGUAGCUGUUGAAGACAGUGCUUAUUCUGAUGAACUAGGUCUUGUUAGGAAUGAUGAAGUAAGUCAAGAAAUAAUAAUUGAAGAAAAAGACAAUGAAACAGUCAUUUGUUCUACCAGUAAUGAAAAGUCACCAGAGUCUGGAGAACCACAAAGUGAAAGUACUUUAUCAUUAGCUUCAUUAGAAUAUAAGUUAUUAAAAUGUUUAGAAGAUUCUAAUAUUUCCUCCAAACAACCCAGUGUUGAAUUUAGUGAGUCGAACGCAGCCAAUCGUUUGCCAGAGGAUUCGUUUGAAAAUCAAACUGUUAUGGUCACUGUGAGUAAGAAUUCUUUUAACCAAAUUGAAAUAGUUAUUUAUCCGCCAAUCUUUAAAGAAGGUUCUGAAUCUUAUGCUUCUCAGGUGUCUGAAGAACCCCAUUCUACUGAAUGUGAUACUAGUAAUUCUUUGGAUUCUGAAACCAGCAAUUCCUGUGAUUCUGGUUUGUUGGUUAAACAGACAGUUGAUGAACAGCGUAGUAAUGAUGUGGAAUCUAAAGUUGAUUCAUCAGGGGUUAAUGAAUCAGCGUCAACAUCCAUUGAUUCAAUUAGUGAAAUGGCUGAAACUGAAGAUUCAGAAGUUUCUAAUCCUACAACCUUAACAUCUUGUGAACCAUCUGAAAUGGAUGUUUCAGAGUGCCAAAUAUCUCAUGUUGACCAGUCUCGAAAUUGAAGAAAUAAUGUAAUUAAAUAGUCCGUGCGCUUUAAAUAUCGUAUUAAUAUUUAAUAUGUUUUUUUAUUAUUGACACUAUAAAAUUGUAUAAAAUAAUGGUAUUUUGAAAAGGCACUGUUACUUGAUUUUAACAUUUACUUAAUAUGUUCCUCUGUCUUCUUUGCUUUCUGAAGGAGAUAACAUUUUACAGUUAAUAAUUGUUUGUGUCUUGUUGGAAUCAAUAUUAGUUAUCACAAGAAGGCAUUUAAAGUUGUGUUAUAGCAUAUUAUGAAUGUUCUAAACACACUAUUAUAUGAGAACUAUUUAAUUUUUUAUUGAACACUUUCUUGUCCAUUAAUUAUGUGUGAUGAGAAAAGUUUUUUAUGAAGAUGUAUUCAGGGUUUUAUUUAUUGAUAGUAUUUAAGAAAUCUUGUGAUUUACUUCAGAAACAUGAAUAUUUUUGUAAAUAUAAAUUGUUUAACUCCAUCUAUUGUGUAGAUUUAAAAAUAAAGUUUUGAUUUUAUCGUUA